UCCCCUCGGAACCAAACAGCCCUGGAGGAAAAAAAUAAUUUAUUAUUGGAGAAGAAGAAGAGAUGGUGGACGAGGCGUGGGAGCGGGCGGUGGAGGCGGCGCUGCACGCCGGCGGCGAGGGGAGCUCGUCGCCCGCGCGGAGCCUGACGCUGGACGGCGCCGUGAAGUGCAUGUACGGCCGGCUCCCGGCGGCGGAGAUACUGGAGCGGCACCAGAGCCUGGAGCACCUCUCGAUCGCCGGCGUCGGGGUCACGUCGCUCGAGGGGUUCCCGCGGCUGCGGAACCUAACGCGGCUCACGCUCUCCGACAACCGCAUCGCUGGCGGCCUCGACCACCUCGUCGCCGCGGGGCUCUCCUCGCUGCGGGACCUCGACCUCAGCAACAACCGCAUCCAGGACGUCGACGACCUCGCGCCGCUCGCCGGACUACGCCUCGUCUCUCUCGACCUCUACGAGUGCCCGGUCACAAGGGUCAAGGACUACAGAUCCAGGGUGUUCGGGAUGAUCCGGACGCUCAAGUAUCUCGACAAGAUGGACGCCGAUGAGAACGAGCGCCCCGAGUCGGAUGACGAUGACGACGAUGGGGACGGGGACGGGGACGGGGAAGGCGACGGGGAAGGCGACGGCGACGGCGACGGCGACGGCGACGAAGAUGACGACGAUGAGGAAGACGAAGACGACCCCGGGAGCGGCGAGGUGGCCAACGGGGGUGUCUCGCACUCGCGCGGCGGCGUGGCGUCGCACCCGGUGGAGGUGAAUGGGGUGAUCGAUGUGGACGAGGAAGAGAGCGACGCUGACGAGGUCGUCCCGAACGGGGGAAUCGAGCACCACCACGGGGCAAACGGGUUCCGGGUCGCGGCGGCCGGAGAAGCCCCAGAAGAGGAGGAUGAGGACGUGGAGGAUGACGACGAGGAUGAUGAUGAGGACUUUGAGGAGGAGGAGGAGGAGGAGGAUUUGGGAGAGGAGAUCGAUGAAGAUGGUGAUGAUGAGGAUGCUGUUGUGGAAGUCCAUGAUGUACCGAGUAGUGAUGAUGAGGAAGAUGGUGUUGAGGUGGAGGAUGACGAAGAGGAUGAUGAAGAGGAGGAAGUUGAGGAUGAAGGCGAGGAGGCUGAGCCACAGAGCAGUGGAAGGGUUGCCAUGAUGACGGGGGAGGAUGGAGGAGAAGAGAUAGAUGGGCAUGAGCAUGGAGAAGGGGAUGAUGAGGAUGAGAAUGGUGAGAUUGGAGAAGAGGAUGAUGAGGGAUUGGAGGCUGAUAGGGGUUUUGAGGAGGGAAAUGAAGAUGAGGACGCGGAUGAUGAGGAUGAAGACACAGAAUAUCUUGUUCAACCAAUCGCCCAACCUCAGCCCGUGCCCAUUGGAAGCGACUUCGAUGCAGCUGACCCUGAUGAUGCUGAUGAAGACAGGGAAGAGGUGGAUGAUGAUGAUGAGGGGGCUGCAGACCAACCUUCAUCCUCGCAGGGCACCAAGCGGAAGAGAGAUGAUGAUGAUCCGUCGGGCAGUGGAGAUGACAGUGAGGAUGAUGGUGUUGAGGACUUAAGGCCUUUCAAGCACCACUGAUGAAGCAGCCAAUGUACAUGGAUAAUCUCCCUCCCCCUUCCUCUCAGCUAGAAGUAAGCAGCAGGAUCAGCAGCAGCAGGCCGGAACAGAAAUGUUAGCAAGAAGAAGGAUGCUGCAGACGGUG